GCAUCUCCUUGACCAAUCAUUGAAGCUUGGUGCUUAAUACCGACGCUCAUUCACCAAUCACAGUUUUUCUUACAAAUUUAAGCUUCGAGGUCUCCGAAAAAGUUUUGUUACAUACAACAUAUCUGCCUCUCGAUCCCACUUUCGAUCCUCAACAUAGCUGACAACUGUUAUCAUCCUACCCAAUCACCUCUCAUCAGCCACCAAAAUGGCAGCAACAAUAUCUAUGGGACAGUAUCUCUUUAAGAGAGUUGCUGAGUUGGGGAACGAACAUGUCUUUGGUGUUCCGGGAGACUUUAAUCUCUCACUUUUGGAUGAGCUUUUCAAGAUGCCUGAACUCAAAUGGCUUGGAACGUGUAAUGAACUCAAUGCGGCAUAUGCAACUGACGGAUAUGCACGCAUCAAAGGCAUGCCAGCGGCUCUGGUCACAACAUAUGCCGUGGGAGAAUUGUCGGCGAUGAACGGUGUUGCUGGAGCUUACGCUGAACAUGCGGGCAUGAUCCAUAUCGUGGGCAUGCCGGCAAGAAUGGUCCAAAAGGCUCGAUUGAUGCUGCAUCAUACAAUGGAGCCAGGUAUGGAUCAUGCUAUCUACGUCAGAAUGGCUGGUCCUAUCCGCAAAGCGUAUACCGUGUUGAUGGAUGAGAAGACCAUGGCCCAAGAAAUUGACCGAGUCAUCGAGGAAGGGUUACGGAGCAGACUGCCAGUUUACAUCUACGUUCCCAUGGACGUAGCCGGUAUCCAGCUAGAUGCCAAGCGCUUGGCGACUCCCUUGAAGACGGUGGUCACAAAUCCUAACAAAGAUGUCGAAGAUGAAAUCGUUAAGUCAACGCUUGAGUUGAUCAAAGCUGCUUCCGCUCCUGCAAUUUUGGCAGAUGUCUUGACAAUACGUCAUGGCGGAAAGAAGUUAGCGGAAGAGCUCAUGAACUUGACGAGAUUCCCAACGUACUCUACUCCCCUUUCAAAAGGCGUUGUUGAUGAGACGAGCCCAUACUUCAAUGGUCUUUACAACGGUGAAGUCUCAUUCGAUGGCGUUGCUAGUGCUAUAGAAAGUUCAGAUUUGGUAUUGGAUAUUGGCCCAAUCCACUCAGAUUCUAAUACCGGCGGCUUUACGAGAAACAUUACGGAUGACCACAACAUCAUUUUGGCACAUGACUACUGCCAGAUUCGCGGCAAGAGAUAUGAAGGAGUUCACUUUUUGCCAGUCUUGAAGCGCAUUGUCGAAGAACUUGAGAAGGAACCGGCACAAUAUGACGUUCCUAAAAAGCAGUCCUGGACAAAACUGGAGCCUCCGCUAUUGAAUAGUUCCACGUCAGGACCAAUCACUCAAUCUUUCAUCUGGCAAAGGAUCGGUCGAUUUUUGAAGCCCGGUGAUAUCGUCCUCGCUGAAUCUGGCACCGCCCAAUUUGGAAUGCCCGAUUCUCCAUUCCCAGGAAACAUAGGCUACAUCACGCAAACAUUCUGGUCUUCAAUUGGCUACACCGUUGGUGCUUGUCUCGGCGCUUGCGUUGCCGCCAAAGAGCUGAAUCGUCUAGGAAGAGUAGUUUUGCUCGUCGGAGAAGGCUCGCUCCAAAUGACAGUCCAAGAGAUUGGCUCAUACAUCCGCUUUGGAUUCAAGCCGAUUGUUUUUGUUAUCAAUAAUAACGGAUACUCAAUUGAGAGAGCAAUCAAUGGACCGGAACAAACUUACAAUGAUGUCAGUAUGCUGUGGGAUCAUCAGAAGAUGUUAGAGUUCUUUGGUGCGAGAAAGGAGACCGGGAUCCAGAGCAAGAGCUUCGCUUGCAAGACUGUGGAAGAACUGGAGAUUGUACUGAAAGAUGAAGAUUUUAACAGUGCCAAUUGCAUUCAGGUUUGCGAGGUAUUCAUGGACCCUUUGGAUUACCCUUGGCGCUUGUCUACACAGGUAGGAGUAACUAGAGCGAAGAUGGCGAAAGCUGCCGCUGCCUUGAAAGCAGCACAGUGAAAC